AAACAGGAGAAGAUGGAUCUGACUCAUUUGAAUUUGUCAGCAUUUCUUUUGCUAAAUCUGUAAUUUUGCGCCAGCCCCUAGUUCUUGCAUAUAGUUUAUCGAUUGAAGAAGGUUUAGUCACGGAAGGCUUUGCUACAAAGGGUCUAGUUUUAGAAGGCUUAAUUGCAGAAGGUUGGGUUAUAGGAGGUUGGGUUGCAAUAGGUUGGGUUGCAGGAGGUUGGGUUACAGGAGGUUGGGUUGCAAGAGGUUGGGUUGCAGGAGGUUGGGUUGCCGGAGGUUGGGUUGCAGGAAGUUGGGUUGCAGGAAGUUGGGUUGCAGGGGGUUGGAUUACAGAAAGUUGA